UCAUGCUGCUGCCAGGUCCAGAGUCUGUCAUGGGUCCCUGUACGGCCUCCCAUUGCUGCUGUCUCCAUCGCCACACUCUGCCAUGUGCCACUUUCAGGUCUCCUCACACACUGCUGGUGUGUAGAAUUUUUUGACAUAGGGUGCUGGCAGAUUACGGGCCUCCCAUAGCUGCUGCCAGGCCCCUAAUCUGCCAUGGGCCCCUAUAUACCGCCUCCUCAUGCUGCUGCCAGGUCCAGAGUCUGUCAUGGGUCCCUGUACGGCCUCCCAUUGCUGCUGUCUCCAUCGCCACACUCUGCCAUGUGCCACUUUCAGGUCUCCUCACACUGCUGGUGUGUAGAAUUUUUUGAC